GGGGGUAGGGGAGGCCUGGGGGUGACCGGUGAGGCGUUCGCUGCCCCACGUGCUCCGGAAGGGGGAGUCCAGGCUUCUUGGAGUCGCGCUCCGGGUUGCACUUUUAUUCGGGGGGCGGGCUCGGAGCGGCUACCUCUGGCCAGAGGCGGGGGUGGCUCCGCCGAGUCUCUGGUCGCUCCUCCCUCGCCCGCCUGCCCGCCUGUCUUCGCUCCUCUGCUGCGCUCCUCCUCUGGCUGACUAGUCGCUCGUCGUCCCAGUGCCUCGGCCCCAUCUCUCCAGGACUGUCGCUUGGCUUCGCGUUGAGGCCGCCUCUGGAGGAGCGCGGGGUUGGUCCGAAGUCCCAGCGGUGCGGGCGGGGAGCCCGGGAGUCAAGACGGAGCCGCUUGGGGACUGGCCGCCCCGCGGCCCCCUCGCCGCCGUCCCCUUCCCCAGUUCCCUGGUCCCCUUCUCCGUAUGGGAUUGUAGCCGCGGCGCGGAUCCGGCGGGGAUCGCGGAGGAGGAGGCUGCGGCUCCCGCGGGGCCGGAGCCGCUGGAGCCCGCAGAGGACGAAGACCAGGAGGACGAGGAGGGAGCCGACCGCGGUUCCAUGUUUGCCCCCGGCCCGGAGGACCCAUGCGCUCCCGGCAAAGAGCCGCGGAAAUACGGGGAGCUCGUGGUGCUGGGGUACAAUGGUGCACUUCCUAAUGGAGACCGAGGACGUAGGAAAAGCAGGUUUGCUCUUUACAAACGCUCAAAGGCUAAUGGAGUCAAGCCAAGCACUGUUCAUGUAAUAUCAACACCCCAGGCAUCCAAGGUGAUCAGCUGUAAAGGUCAGCACAGUAUCUCUUACACUUUGUCAAGAAAUCAGACAGUAGUGGUGGAGUACACACAUGAUGAUGAUACUGAUAUGUUUCAGGUGGGAAGAUCAACAGAGAGCCCAAUAGACUUUGUGGUAACAGACACAAUUUCUGGCAGUCAAAACAAUGAUGAAAGUCAGAUCACCCAAAGCACCAUAUCCAGGUUUGCCUGUAGGAUUGUCUGUGAUAGGAGUGCACCAUACACAGCACGGAUUUUUGCAGCAGGAUUUGACUCUUCCAAAAAUAUCUUUCUUGGAGAAAAGGCAGCAAAAUGGAAGAAUCCUGAUGGACACAUGGAUGGACUAACUACAAAUGGUGUUCUAGUAAUGCAUCCAAAAGGAGGAUUCACAGAAGAGUCCAAACCAGGAAUAUGGCGGGAAAUCUCAGUUUGUGGAGAUGUAUAUACACUGCGAGAAACAAGAUCAGCCCAGCAAAGAGGAAAGCUAGUUGAAAAUGAGACCAACAUCUUACAAGAUGGCUCCCUCAUCGAUCUUUGUGGAGCAACCCUUCUUUGGAGAACGGCCGACGGUCUCUUUCACACCCCAACUCAAAAGCACAUUGAAGCGCUACGACAAGAGAUCAAUGCCGCCCGACCACAGUGUCCCGUCGGACUGAACACGUUGGCAUUUCCCAGCAUCAACCAGAAAGAUGUGGUAGAAGAGAAGCAGCCUUGGGCGUACCUCAGUUGCGGUCACGUGCAUGGCUAUCACAACUGGGGACACUGUAGUGAUACGGAGGCCAACGAGAGGGAGUGCCCGAUGUGCAGAACUGUUGGGCCCUACGUUCCUCUUUGGCUUGGCUGUGAGGCAGGAUUUUAUGUCGAUGCUGGGCCUCCAACUCAUGCUUUUACCCCUUGUGGACAUGUGUGUUCAGAGAAGUCUGCAAAGUACUGGUCCCUGAUUCCAUUGCCUCACGGCACCCACGCAUUUCAUGCUGCCUGUCCUUUUUGUGCCACGCAGCUGGUUGGGGAACAGAACUUUGUAAAAUUAAUUUUCCAAGGUCCAAUUGACUGAUGCUAUCUACAAUAACAUCACUUUAACGAGUUACUGUGAAGAUUUUGCCACUAACUGUAGAUUUUGUCUUUUUUUUUUAAUAAUACUAUUAAGGGGUUUGAGGGGAAAUGGCAAUAGAGACUGGGAAAAGUGGGGUAACAGUAGUGACAGGUACCUGGAACUUGACAGAAAUCAAUGAUGUUACGUUUGCAACAGUUGCAUAUUCAUUGAAAUUUGUUUGAUAAGUAUAUUUGUUAUACUUGUGAUUAAAUUUUAAAAUAUCAUAUGCAUAUUAAUCUUGGGGUUUUUAACAAAGUUUUUUUCUUUGUAAAUUUUGACAAACCUCUAAAUAAUAUUUUGUUCACUAUUAGGAAUUUAACCAAAAGGCAUUUUAAAAAAAAUUAUUAAUUUGAAACCUUCAGUGUUUAGGAUAAGAUUGUAGAUUUAGAUUCAAAAGGAACUUAGAGGCCAUCUUGUACAGUUUCCUUAUUUCGCAGAAGAGAGAAUCCCCAAAGGAAUUGUUUUGCCCAAAUCAUAGAAAUAAUUAGCAACAGACACAAAAUUUAAACCUAGGCUUUCUGACUUCAAAAACCUAUGAAGCUCUUCCCAUAGCCCUGUGUUGUCUUCCCUGUGGAGGUUAGCUCAAGAAUUGUAAACAGUAUGUGGAAAAAUUUUUUAACCACAAGUAUGUAUCUGAUUAGGUUUUCAAAAGAGUUAUCUACGUCAAAGUGAGCUGGACCAGAUUAAAAUAUAAUACUUAACGAAAUCAAUAAAUAUACAAUAGAAUGUUGAUAUGCUUUUCUAAGUCAAUAUAUGACCUGCAGGGAUUACGUUGGGUUUCGUUGCUCCUGGUUCUAUAUAAAUUUGACACCAGUGUUAUUAUGAAAGAAAAAUGUGACAUUAAACCAGUUAACAUAGAGGAUUAUUUUGAUAUAGGAAAAUUUUGUGACCUAUUUUUCAUCAUAUAAAGUUAAGAAAGAAGAUUCAGAUGUAAUGGAUUUUUAAAUUUUAGUUUUUUAAAUUUAAUUGCUUUAUAAAGAUUUGUAGGUAACUUUUGACAUUUUGAACAAAGAAUUUUCCAUAACCUUUUGGACUGAAUCUUACAGUCUGCCACAGACCUUGCAUGCCUAGGAUUGUUUGAUUAAAAUGUAGCAUCUCAAAAUUCAUUAGCUAUGGGUUAUUAUUGCAGCAGGAGAAAUUUUUUGGAUACUAUAAUACCAAAUUUAUGCACAUACUGAAUCAUUUAUUGAGUUUUAAAAGUGAUUACAGAGAAGUUAUUUUUUUUAAAGCUCCCUUGCAUGUUUUUUGGACUUGGAUUUAUCCAACAUUAUGAGCAAAGAGCUCACCUCAUACUGUAAUGAAACAGUAGAUUUUGUUCACUCCACACCAUCUGUCACCUUCUGUUGCAGCUUGAGAAACACUGUAAGGUUUGAAAAUGUUUGCAAAUCAAGAUAAAUUUAAAUGUGAUCAUUUGAUACACACAACACUCAAUGGUGCUUCUGCAGAGAUCAUUUGAAAUGUCUGAUUUUAAGACAGCAAAUAAGUGUUUACUGAGGAAUAAUUAAAUUAGAAUUCCUUGUGAGCUCCAACAUCUCAUUCAGUUGACUUUAUUUAAUUGUGAAUAACAAUUCUAUGAUACCUCUGGUAACAAGUACAGAGACUUUCAGUCUAUCCAGGAUGAAAACGUUCAUUUGGGAGUAUAUUAAUAGCUAUCUGAAAGGAAAUAAAAAUCUACUCAAUGAACAUGUAUUGUAAACUCUAAAUUUUAUUAAAUUUGACUAUUGGAGCUU